AAUCUUGAGGAGGCUGACACCAUGUUUUAUCAAGUAGCAUCUCACGGCAUCAUGGUUAUGUGAGGGCUGGUUCACUUCCCAUUCCGGUAUCAUGCCUCCUGACAGCUGACAUGACCACACAGCUUCUAAGAGUCACCAGUCUAGACUGAGACCCAAGACUGCACUGACGUCAGAUUGGUAUGAGAGAGCAAGUCGUUAAGUCACUAAGAUGAUGCUGUGCAUCAUGAAAUUAACAUUUCCAGAUUUCCUUAGGUAAUGUGGACAGCCAGAGGGUCCUUUUCUCAUCCUAUCCCAGUCUAUAGAGACCCAUCUCUUCACCGUCUGCCAUAUUGUCUCCCACGUGAUACAUGAGAGCCUGACUCAGGACUCUUUAUAUUUAAAUGGUAUUUGCAUGUAGUGUGUUCAUGAAUAACUCAAUUCAGUUGCUAUUCAUGCUUUUCCUUUUUCACCACACCGCCCAAUCAAAUGUGAUUUCAAGAUAGGAAGGGGCCAUCCAGUCUCAAAACCUGCCAAGCCACCCACAUUUCUGGCUUCACUGAAGGUUGUUCUGUAAUUCCCUGUGUCUCCUUCUGCUCUGGGUUCUAUAAUAUGAAGCUAGUAUUUUCAAAGGAGUUCACAGUUUGUGCCUCCAGAAUCAGACCAUGGUAGAGUCCUUCAGUUUAGCCAAUUCACAGAUAUUUUGCAGAGUUACAGGAGAGGUGAAGGAGAAAGCAAAGAGUGGAAGACAAGAAGAAAAUAGCAGCGUUCAGGUGGCAAUUGGAAAUGAGAACCGGUGAAGCGGAGAGAAUACAAAGCGGCUAUUUCAUGGGUAGAAGAUCGCGAUGGGGAAGGUUCACUCAUGAGUAGGAGAAGCUGAGUGAGGAAAGGACAAUAGGAGGGAGUAAGCUAUUGGCUCAGAAAACACUGGCUUUGGCUGACAUUGUGAAGAUCCUAAAACCAACCUGAGAACUGGGCCUCCAGAAGAGAGGAUGCUGUCUGGUGCUGGGCUACAUGGCCAAGGACAAGUUUCGGAGAAUGAAUGAAGGCCAAGUAUACUCCUUCAGCCAGCAGCCCCAGGACCAGGCCGUGGUGUCGGGCCAGCCAGUGACACUGCUGUGCGCCAUCCCCGAGUAUGAUGGCUUCGUUCUGUGGAUCAAAGAUGGCUUGGCUCUGGGUGUGGGCAGGGACCUCUCAAGUUACCCACAGUACCUGGUGGUAGGGAACCACCUGUCAGGGGAACAUCACCUGAAGAUCCUGCGGGCGGAGCUGCAAGAUGAUGCCGUGUACGAGUGCCAGGCCAUCCAGGCCGCCAUACGGUCUCGCCCCGCACGCCUCACCGUCCUGGUGCCGCCCGAUGACCCGGUCAUCCUGGGGGGCCCUGUGAUCAGCCUGAGGGCGGGGGACCCACUCAACCUCACCUGCCACGCAGACAACGCCAAGCCUGCGGCCUCCAUCAUCUGGUUGCGGAAGGGAGAGGUCAUCAAUGGGGCCACCUACUCCAAGACUCUGCUUCGGGACGGCAAGCGUGAGAGCAUCGUGAGUACGCUCUUUGUCUCCCCCGGCGAUGUGGAGAAUGGACAGAGUAUCGUGUGCCGAGCCACCAACAAAGCCAUCCCCGGAGGGAAGGAGACUUCAGUCACCAUCGACAUCCAGCACCCCCCGCUCGUCAACCUGUCGGUGGAACCACAGCCGGUGCUGGAGGACAACGUCGUCACGUUCCACUGCUCCGCAAAGGCCAACCCGGCUGUCACCCAGUACAGGUGGGCCAAGAGGGGCCAGAUCAUCAAGGAAGCAUCCGGAGAAGUGUACCGGACAGCUGUGGACUACACGUACUUCUCAGAGCCUGUCUCCUGUGAGGUGACCAACGCCCUGGGCAGCACCAACAUCAGCCGCACGGUGGAUGUCUACUUUGGGCCCAGGAUGACCACGGAGCCCCAAUCGCUGCUCGUGGAUCUGGGCUCUGAUGCCGUCUUCAGCUGUGCCUGGACAGGCAACCCAUCCCUGACCAUCGUCUGGAUGAAGCGGGGCUCUGGUGUGGUCCUGAGCAAUGAAAAGACACUGACCCUCAAAACUGUCCGUCAAGAGGAUGCUGGGAAAUAUGUGUGCAGAGCCGUGGUGCCCCGGGUGGGAGCUGGAGAGCGAGAGGUGACCCUGACAGUCAAUGGACCCCCCAUCAUCUCCAGCACCCAGACCCAGCAUGCCCUCCACGGGGAGAAGGGUCAGAUCAAGUGCUUUAUCCGGAGCACGCCACCCCCCGACCGAAUUGCCUGGUCCUGGAAGGAGAACGUGCUGGAGUCCGGGACGUCGGGGCGCUACACGGUGGAGACGGUCAGCACCGAGGAGGGGGUCAUCUCCACCCUGACCAUCAGCAACAUCGUUCGGGCUGACUUCCAGACCAUCUACAACUGCACCGCCUGGAACAGCUUCGGCUCUGACACGGAGAUCAUCCGGCUCAAGGAACAAGGUUCGGAAAUGAAGUCGGGAGCCGGGCUGGAAGCAGAGUCUGUGCCGAUGGCCGUCAUCAUCGGGGUGGCCGUAGGAGCCGGCGUGGCCUUCCUCGUCCUUAUGGCAACCAUCGUGGCCUUCUGCUGUGCGCGCUCCCAGAGAAGUACGGGAGGGACCCCCGGGAUCUCAGGGAGGGGGACAGAGAAAAAGGCCAGGCUUAGACUGCCCCGGAGAGCAAAUCUCAAAGGGGUUGUGUCGGCCAAGAAUGACAUCCGAGUGGAGAUUGUCCACAAGGAGCCUGCGUCUGGUCGGGAGGCUGAGGAACACCCUACCAUCAAGCAGCUGAUGAUGGACCGGGGUGAAUUCCAACAAGACUCAGUACUGAAGCAGCUGGAGGUCCUCAAAGAGGAGGAGAAGGAGUUUCAGAACCUGAAGGACCCCACCAACGGCUACUACAGCGUCAACACCUUCAAAGAGCACCACUCGACGCCCACCAUCUCGCUAAGCAGCUGCCAGCCGGACCUGCGUCCCGCAGGCAAGCAGCGAGUGCCCACAGGCAUGUCCUUCACCAACAUCUACAGCACCCUGAGCGGCCAGGGCCGCCUGUACGACUACGGGCAGAGGUUCGUGCUGGGCAUGGGCAGCUCGUCCAUCGAGCUCUGCGAGCGGGAGUUCCAGAGAGGCUCUCUCAGCGACAGCAGCUCCUUCCUGGACACGCAGUGUGACAGCAGCGUCAGCAGCAGCGGCAAGCAGGACGGCUACGUGCAGUUCGACAAGGCCAGCAAGGCCUCCGCCUCCUCCUCCCACCACUCCCAGUCCUCCUCCCAAAACUCUGACCCCAGCCGACCCCUGCAGCGGAGGAUGCAGACUCACGUCUGAGGAUCCCAGACCCGGGACCGGGAAGGGCGGGGGAAGGGGCCGCGCCACCUGCUGGCUCCCCAGAGACUGCGGGGGCGGGGGCUGCGCAGAGGACUCCAGAGGCGGCGGCCUCCAGGACAGCCCCCCGCCCCCAGCGCCUCUGCCGCCACCCUCCUCCGAAGCCCUGAUCAAGCACAAACUCUGGUCCCCAGCUGCAGCGUGCCA